AUCCAAAAGGGACUAGAAAGCGGCAGGCAUUAGGACCCAGCAGAGACAUCAAUAACAACUGCAUUUUUUUCCUUCCUGGGGAAAUUGAGAUGGUUGUUUUUCUCUGGCAUGUUAAAGCAAAGAAGCAGCAAGAGUGGGCUCACCAAGCGAAACGGAACCAUGGCUUCACAUCGUGGGUGGGGGCUGUUUGUUAUACUCACUGUUUGCCUCAUUUCAUUAACACAACAUUGCAAUGGAGGAAACGUCCUAGUUUUCCCUGUAGAUGGCAGCCACUGGAUCAAUAUGAAAAUCCUUCUAGAAGAACUUCAUGCCAGGGGACACAGCCUCACUGUGAUCAGGGCCUCAACCAGCUUCUAUAUCCCUGAAAAGUCUGAUAUUUACACCUCCAUUACAAUUGAUUUGGGUGAAGAUGUAGACGACUUCUUCGAGGUGUACCUUCAAGAGCAUAUGAGGGCACAGAGAGAAGGGGCUUCACUGCUGACUUUCCUCAAACUCACCAAGGAUUUCCUUUCUAUGAUUCAUAAGGCUCACGUGAUGUUAUCUGAGAUGGUCAAACAAAUUUUGAAUGAUCAAAAUAUGGUCAAAAGAUUAAGAGAUUCCCAGUAUGAUCUGGUUCUAACUGAUCCAGCUUUGGCCCCAGGGGUUAUUCUAGCCAAAUAUCUCAAGCUUCCCUUAGUGCUCAAUGUACGCUGGAUCACCAGUGGAGAAGGCCACUUUGUGUUAGCUCCCUCACCCCUCUCUUACAUCCCGGUGCCAGGAUCCGGCUUAACAGACAAAAUGAAUUUCAUCCAGAGGAUCAAAAACAUAUUAUUCCAUGGCAUUACGUUGUUCCAGCAGAAAUUCUUGGUGGGCCCAGUCUAUGAUGACAUGUGUGAUAAGUAUAUUGAGGGUGGAUGUGACAUCAUCUCAUUACUACAGGAAGCAGACAUUUGGCUGUUCAGGUCAGAUUUUGUGUUUGAAUUCCCUCGCCCCACUAUGCCAAAUGUUGUCUAUAUAGGAGGAUUUCAGUGCAAACCAGCUCAGCCUCUGCCAGCAGAGCUGGAGGAGUUUGUUCAGAGUGCCGGGCAACAUGGAGUGAUCAUCAUGACUCUGGGAACCUUAGUUGAUGCUUUGCCCAAAGAGAUUGCAGAUGAAAUCGCCAGCGUGUUUGCCAAGAUGCCUCAGAAGGUGAUAUGGAGGCACAAGGGAGACCGUCCCUCUACACUGGGAAACAACACUUUAAUGGUGGACUGGAUGCCCCAGAAAGAGCUUCUGGGUCAUCCACAGACCAAAGUCUUUGUAGCUCAUGGAGGAACUAAUGGUGUCCAGGAGGCCAUUUACUAUGGGGUCCCUGUGCUCGGCAUUCCCUUGUUCUUCGACCAGUAUGACAACCUUCUGCGACUGCAGGAGAGAGGAGCUGGAAAGAUCAUCCACCUGUCUGAUGUAAAUGGCCACAAUUUUGAGCAAGCCCUUCAGCAACUGCUCCAUCAAGAGAGCUACAGGCAGAACAUUCAACGAAUGUCACGUUUGCACAGAGAUCAGCCAGUAACACCCAUGGAGCAGGCUGUCUUCUGGGUGGAAUAUGUGAUGCGCCACAAAGGGGCUCGUCACCUGCGUACAGAGGCUUAUAAGAUGCCCUGGUACUCUUACUACUGUUUAGAUGUAGUGCUCAUAUUGCUGUCUGCAGUCACUGCUUUGCUCUAUUCUAUUUUGGCUCUUUUUAGAUUUCUGUGCUGCUGGCGAAGAAGAAAAGCAAAAACUAAACAAAGCUAAUUUAGGCCAUAUUUGUUUAGAAAUACUGUAGUCUACAGUGAGUUAUGUAAAGCACUGUUUUUUUUAUAGAAAAACAUAUAUAUAGCCAUUCUUAUCUCAAAUUUUUAUAUGAUACAAAAGACCUGACAGUUGCCUUAUAAUUAAUGUAAUGUAGUUAAUUGUCAAAUAUACAUUUGGUGAUUAAAUAUAGAUUUAGUGAUACAUUAAAAAUCAAGAUCCUGUGAUUUUUAAUGCCAAAGUAUCAGUCUCUGACUGUUAGACGCUGACCAAAUCACAUUUUAUUUUGUUCUUUUCUCAUAAAGUGCUCUAUAAAUACAUAUUUCUAACAUUUAAAAAGUAGUUUUAGUGUUUUUACUAAAAAUUAAUGUCUGGCAAUGUCUUUGGUAAUGAUAAUAACAAUGACGAUUUUAUUUAUAUAACACUUCUCAUUUGCUCUACAUGGAGGAUGCCUUGAAAUAAUCAGCAGCUGGAAAAGAAAACUCUUUUUGAUAAAGCAUAAACUUAGGGUUGAUUUGAAAAGGUUGUCUUAGUAAAGCCAAUUGCAAAGUAAAUUACAUUUUAAUGAUAAUUAUUUGACACACUGCUCGAGGCUUCUAAGCGUACUGAUGAGGGAAAUAACCCAAAGUAUGAAGGGGGGAAGUUGGAAUCACAUCACCAGUGUAACAUUCAAAAGUAAUGCAAGAAAGAUUGUGUGUUUAUAUUCAUGCUGAAAAUAUGUGUUAUGUCUUUUGUGGAGUCAGUUUUUCUUAUUUGAACUGUACAUUUGUAAAUCAAAUAAAUAGAAGAAAAUUACAUUUACAUGUUUUGCUAUAGUAACAUUUUUAUAGUACUUUUCUACACUUUUAUACUAGUUAGACAAAUUAAUUCACCUUUGGCAUGUGACUUGUGUGUCUAUCAGUGAUUUAGUUUUAUGACCA